ACGCCGCCGGUAAAGCUGUUGUUGGAGGGUACGCGCCCCGCGACGGCUGCGGCUCCACCUACUUCCGGCUCCGCCGCUUAGGGAAAGAGGGAGGGAGGGAGGAGUCGCCGCCGCCGUCGCUGCCGCCGCCGCCUGCCCCGGGCCAGCCCCGGGGAUGGUGUUGGCCGCGGGAGCCGGGCCCUGACGCCGCCAUCAGAUUGAAGACAGCAGUAAUGCUAACUCUGGCAAGCAAGUUGAAGCGGGAUGAUGGUGUCAGAGGACCCCGUGCAUCCAAUCCAGCUUCUGAUUCAACUCGGAGGGUGUCUGUUCGAGAUAAACUACUUGUUAAAGAGGUUGCAGAACUUGAAGCUAAUUUACCUUGGGCUGUAGAGAGGUGGAUCCCUUAUGAGUGUCCUUUGGAAGCAGUAUUGAUCAUUUGGCUCUACAGUUUGAUUGGUGGUGAAGUGGGAGCUUCUGUCAUAAAAUACCCAAAAGGUACGUGUAAAGUGAAUUUUCCCGACCCCAACAAGCUUCACUACUUUCAGCUAACUGUAAUCCCAGAUGAGGGGUAUUACCAAGGUGGAAAGUUCCAGUUUGAAAUUGAAGUUCCUGAUGCCUACAAUAUGGUGCCUCCAAAGGUAAAAUGCUUGACAAGAAUCUGGCAUCCGAACAUUACAGAGACGGGAGAAAUCUGCCUAAGUUUAUUGAGAGAACAUUCAAUUGAUGGCACUGGCUGGGCUCCAACUAGAACAUUAAAGGAUGUUGUCUGGGGGUUAAACUCUUUAUUUACUGAUCUUUUGAAUUUUGAUGAUCCUUUGAAUAUUGAGGCUGCAGAGCAUCAUUUGCGUGACAAGGUUUUUGAGUCCUUAAACAGCAAAUAUCAGAAUUUUUUUAGAAUACUCUGGAUUUCUCAAAGCCUUUCUUGGGCAACUGGGCAAGAACCAGCAUCACCUGACAAAAUGCCAGUGCCUGGGACAGAUUCUGGAGGGGACAUUAGUGUAUCUUCUGAAAACAGGAGGACUUUCGGAAUAAAGUUGAAGAUUACAUUAAGCGCUAUGCGAGAUGAUGAAGGGAGAUGGAUGGCAGGACCAUGGCUUCCACACUAGAGUUGCCCUUAACUUCAACAACAACAAAACCAGCCCGGAUUGUACUAGUCCUGUGUCCAUGUUGUACUGAAGAAGAAAAAUAACUUCAUAACUUGUCCAUGUUAAAAGGAGAGUUCAGCAUCAAUACAGCAAGAAAUUGUGUAUGUUGGUUGAAAAAGUUGUUUGCUUACUUUUAAAAAAAUGUUUACUCUUCUGAACUGUACUGUAUAUCCUGUUGAUGAGAUAUGCUUGAGAAGUUAAAAGAAAUCACUAUUGAAAUUGUAAUUAUACUUUUUUUUUUUUAACUCUUGCCUGGUUUGGAGGGGGGAACGAAAAACCUAAACACAGAAAAGGCGGUGUGUUUUUGGAACACUUCAAGUUGGCAAUAAAGUGGUCUCCUGUGAACCAAAUCACAAUGCUGUUGCCUUUGGUGAGCAGAAACAAUCCAAGCUUUUUCCAAGACUCAUUUAGCUGAGGCUUAGGGCUUGCCACAGUGCAAGUGCUCGAUGCAGUUCUGCUUCUGAUAUUGAAAUUCUUGGUGAUAUUUAAUGUGAGUACAUUUUUGUCACACAUUUGGAAUUUUUACAUUGUUAUUUUCAGCUCCUGUUUGAGCUACAGUAUUUUUUGUUUCUAUUCGUUGUGUGAAGUAGUUAAAAGAAAUAUAGGCUAAUCCAUAACUUAAGUAAAUGUGUAGUAUAGUAAAAUUAUAUAUAUAAAAAACAUAUUUCUGUGAAAAUUUAGUGACAGAGAUUUUUU